UGGCCUCUGUGAGGUCAUUGCCUUGUGCUCUGUAUUCUGUGGGACAGCUGGCUUGCCACAACCUCUGAUAUGACUGUUUGGAUUUGUCUUUCCUUCUUUCCCGCUGUUGUCAAAGAAACGUAGAAAGGAUGGAGGAGAUAUUGGUCAUGUACAUGAAGAGUUUGUGAUUUUGAUGAAAAGUCAUAAACUGAUCUGAAACAAAACCUUGUGAGAACAGUGUCAAAUCUCUUCUCUGGAAAUGUUGUCCAUCUUUGGUACAGAGAGAGAUAAACAAAGGGUGCUUGCCGCCAGCCAGACUCUAUAUGAUUUCAUAUACAUAUAUGUCUCUUCCACUAAUACAAUAUUCCGAAUCCUCAAUCAACACCUUGGCACCAACUUCCCAAUCAUUACAGUGAGGGAAAACUUGAGCAUUAAGGAGAACCUUCAGCUCCUAAUCAGUACGCUGAAAGAGAUGCAGUCUGUUGUGGAAAUGAAAGACAAAGACGUGCAGAAGAGCAUCAGCCACUGCUUGUACACUAAGAUUGCUGGACCCAUCACGUCUCUGCAGGAGAAGAUUACUGUCCUGAAAGAUCUUUAUGAAAAUUAUAAGGGGAUCCUAGGAAGUAUCAUUGGCCCAGUGGCUGCCGUACUACUGAAACAUAGCAAUCUUCCUGAGACUAUAGAGACUGCCAUUCGUCAUAUAGCGACUUCCCCUGCCCUGUCCCUCCGAGUGGUUGACCUUCUGAUGAGUCACGAUGAAAUUGCCAAAAUAUUUCCAACUACUACUGAGCACAAUCCUUCCGGGAGUAAGGCUGAAGAAGCUAGACCUCGCAGUACAUCAACUUCCUUCUCAUUUUCCAACUUCUUGAAAUCUGUCCUUUGGGGACACGCUUCUACAAACAUCCUGAAAAUAACCGCCGACUCUCUGGAGGAGGCUGUCAGAGUGCUGAGACCAUCUUGUGAAUCUUUCCAGUGCAUUGUUAAACUGGCUGAGGUCUAUAUCUCACUGAUAACAGACAAGUUGCAGUAAUCCAUACAGCAACUGUUUGUGAGUUAGAAAUAUGCCUCUUUUCUUACACCAAGAGAAGUUGCACAAAGAAACAAGAGAAGGUUGUGGCUAAUUGCUGAACCCACAAUAAUUUCUGCAAUCACCUUUGGUGUCUAGAUUUGAACAUUGAACUAAGGAAUCAAGGUGAAGUCUUCUUGCUUUGUUAAUUUAAAACCUUGAUUAAAGAAAAAUCAAUGGGAAAUAAAAUGUAAUAACCAAAAUCUGAAACAGUUUCUAUUUUAAUAAGUAUGUUUGAACUUUCCGAGAAAGCUUUUUAGAGUAUUCUGAUAGCAGCAAUUCAGUUUGGCAGGUCAGGUUAUAGUGGUUAGCUAACAGAAAUUAAAAUUGAAAUAAACUAUGGUAUUGACAGUACCACCAUGGUAAGAUUUUCAUCUGAUUGACCAACAAAAAAUAGUAAAUCACUGUGAUUUGAGAUGAGAAGUUUCUGGAUAAUCUGGGGCAGAGUGAAAAAUAAUCUUAUAGUCUGCCACAGGCUUUGUGUGCAGCUUUUGGGUAAAUCAUUUAAUUUCUCUUUGCUUCAGGUUCUCUGUGAAUCUGGCAGAUUUUUCCCUAUCAUAAAGAUGCGUUGUGAGGGUACAUUUAGGAAUGAAUGUUCACCACUCUGAAAUGCUGGAAUGGAAGGAAUUGUAUAAGGGCAAAUAUUAUUAUGAGACUAAACUUUUGUGUUGGGGCAAGUAAACUAAAGAAACAUAACUCAUGAAAGGGAUUUGCAGAAGCUCUUUCACACCAAUGUAUGAUCUCAGAAACUAACGUGUUUUCUGUUACUUUCUGUCAGCCGACGGUCAGGGCAGUGUGUAUCCUGGGUUUAUAGGAAGAGCCUAUUACAUCUCAGAUUUUAGCUGCUAGAAUACAGGAUCCCUUCACAGCGGGCAGUCCAGGAAAGACUGAGAGAUG